AUUGUUUUUUUUAUUCUUUAACAUUUAAAACGAUUUUUAAAAACAAGUUUUAAGAAACAUGCCAAGCUAGCCUUAAGUCUUUUGAACUAUAUAUUCCUUGUCUGUGUGUAGAGUAAAGCUGAUUAUUCCCAUUGCCCCCAAGUGUGUAAAUGAAGCAAAGAUCAAUCUGAUGAACCAGCAAGAAAAAAUCAUCCAGCAUUGAUUCUAAAGAAGAAAAGGGAAAAUUCAAAGCAAGGUUCAGGCAGUAAAGCUCUCUGCAACAUGCUUCAAUGUAGAAACAACACCUCUCCCAACCGUAAAGGAAAGUAUCUGAGCUCCACUUCUUCAUCCAUGGCUAUCCCCUCAUUCCCCAUUCCCCAUCUUCACUCCCCGCCGCCAUGGAAACCGCCAUCGCCGCUGUUCUUCUCCUUGCAUCCGUCUUCUUCCAAGGGGUGGUGGAAGGAAACAUCGGAGUUAACUAUGGGACGGUGGCGAACGACCUGCCUCCGCCAUCAGAGGUGGCGCGUUUCCUUCUGGAAUCCACGACUAUCAACCGCGUGAGGAUGUUUGAUGCUGACCCGGAAAUGAUUCAAGCCUUUGCUCACACUGGGAUUGCCGUCACAGUCACUGUUCCUAACGAGCUAAUCCCGCGGCUCACCAAGCUGAGCUUUGCCCAACAAUGGGUGAAAACCAAUGUCCAGCCGUACGUCCCGGCGACGAAUUUAAUCAGAAUUCUGGUGGGCAAUGAGGUGUUGUCGACGGCCAAUAAGUUGCUCAUCGCUGGCCUUGUCCCGGCGAUGCAGACCCUCCACACAGCCCUUGCGGCGGUGUCCCUGGACAGAAGGAUCAAGGUCUCGACCCCUCAUUCUUUGGGUAUCCUCUCAACGUCAAGCCCUCCGUCGACGGGGAAGUUCCGACAGGGCUACGACGUCCAUGUCAUCAAGCCACUGCUGAGCUUCCUGAGAGCCACCAACUCACCUUUCAUGAUAAACCCCUAUCCCUUCUUCGGUUACUCGGCUGAAACUCUAGAUUACGCGCUGUUCAGGCCUAAUUCUGGGGUGUUGGAUGAAAACACACAAAGGGUUUACACAAACAUGCUGGAUGCGCAGCUAGAUGCCGUCUUCUCGGCCAUGAAGAUCCUCGGUUUUACCGAUGUAGAGAUCGUUAUAGCCGAGACCGGCUGGCCCUCGGACGGGGACGAAGGGCAAGUUGGGGUGAACGCCGAGAGCGCGGCGGAGUAUAACGGGAACCUCAGGGAGCAUGUCAUCUCCGGCGUCGGGACACCGCUCAUGCCCAACCGGACGUUUGAGACGUACAUUUUCGCGCUGUUCAACGAGAACCUCAAGCCCGGGCCGCUGUGUGAGAGGAACUUUGGGCUGUUCCAGCCGGACUUGACUCCGGUCUACGACAUCGGGAUCAUGAGGCCAACGGCUAGAGCUUCCAUUCCUUGGAACCCAGCUCCGGCGGCUGCUCCUCAGCUGGGUCCAGCCCCACAGCAACAUCCCAAGGGCGGAAAACAAUGGUGUCUCCCCACAUCUGACGCCCACUCCGACGCCCUGCAGAAGAACAUCGACUAUGUAUGUGGGCUAGGACUGGACUGCAAGCCCAUCCAAGAAGGCGGAGCGUGCUUCAUUCCUGACACGGUUCGAGCCCAUGCGGCCUAUGCCAUGAAUGCAUACUACCAAACAACAGGAGGGAGCGAGUCUGACUGUGAUUUUGAGCAGACCGGAGCCCUCACUGACGUCGAUCCAAGCUAUGGAAGAUGCAAAUACUUGGGACAGUGAAGACCCGGAUGCAGAAGACUGCCUUUUGCUUAAUUAGCGUUUUGGUUUUUGGGUUUUGGGUUUUGGGUGAGGCAGAUAGAAUAAGAGAUGAUAUAGAAGUAAAGCUUAAUCAGCUUAAUUGAUGUGAGGCUUUUUGUUCUAGUUCAUUCAUCUUAGAAGGGCGUGGGUGUACUAAGAAACCAUAUAUUAAUAAGAAAAACACUGACUUGCCACGCAAAUCCAUUUA